AUGGUCAUCGAAGCUUGUGAGCUUGACAUCUCUCGAUCUCAACUAGAAGUGGAUUUAUACCAUAAUUUACUUGUCGCUGCAUUCACGCCAGGAACAGUGCAAAACAGAGAUGAAAAUCAGAAUUGUGACAUUUUGGCGUCCCUUUGGCCAGUGGAUCACACUAAGUGCCACUGCUGCUUAAUGUCGGAUAAGCGGAAUAUUGCGGGUGCACGCAUUACUGUGUUAGUCGAAAAGACGAACGGAAUUCCAUAA